GCAAUUCUGCCAUGCGGACAUCCCUACUGCGCCGAUUGCCUCACGGGUGUCCUCCGGAACUCCAUGACCGACGGCACGGCUUUCCCACCGCGGUGCUGUCGGCAGGAUAUCGAGAUCGAAGAAGUGCGGAGACACCUCGAGCCAGCGUUUGCAGUGGAGUUCGACGCCAAAGCUAUUGAGCUCAGUACGGUCAACCCGGUGUACUGUUCGAAUGCGGCAUGCUCAGUGUUCAUUCCUCCUGCUGUGGUGCGAGGCGGCGAUGUGGCUCUAUGCCCUUCUUGUUUCACGAGGACUUGUACGCACUGCAAAGCUGGGUCUCAUCCGGGCGAUUGUCAAGAGGACCAGGGGCUCCAGCAGCUUCUGCAAAUGGCCGAAGGCGAGGGCUGGAGGAGAUGUGAAUGCGGGCGGGUUAUCGAGCUGAAUUUUGGCUGCAACCACAUGACUUGUCAAUGCAGGAGAGAGUUCUGCUAUCUCUGCGGC